CAUUACCCGACGCGACCGCGUCCCGCCCCCACACCCCGCCCGACGCCGACGCCGCCCGAGCCAGACGGCGGCGAUGCAGGCGGGAGUCGUCCGCCGCGCCGCCAACGUGGGCUUCCCGUCACGCUCCAUCAUUCGGGGUGGCUUCCUUCUCCCCGGCCGCGCCCGCUUCUUCUCUGAAGACACCGCGGCGGCGCCACUCCGCGUCGACUCCUUGCCCCAGCCUCGGACCCAUGGCCGCGGCGGUUUCGCGCACCUCCAGGCCGUGGAUGGGGAGGCGCCGCGGCUGCCGGGCGUCCUCCGUGGAAUCCUUCUCGACCAUGAGAAAAUGGCUUGUCCUGACCUUCUAAAAGCUGCUCUACUUUCGACCAUGUCAUUACUUGCUGUACCACUCGAGGCUUCAGCCGAGACGUGCCAGCCACCUAAUUCUUUUGCCAAUAUGCCAAUUUUUAUUGCUGUCGCACUAAUUGGAGCUGCUGUUGGUGGAUUGUUAGCACGGCGAAGAAAGGAGGAAUUGAAGCGGCUGAAUAAUCAACUUCGCCAGAUCAAUACAGCACUUAGAAGGCAGGCACAGAUUGAGUCAUUUGCGCCUGGCCUUACUUAUGCACCUGUUGGGAGAACAAAAGAAACUGAUGUUGUUGUUGACCCAAGGAAGCAGCAGCUGGGCACAAACCUGAGAAAUGGGAAGAAUUACAUGAGGAAUCAAGAUCUUGAUAAGGCAGUAUUGGAGUUCAGGACAGCUCUGGAGCUUGCAGAGAGCAUAGGAGAUCGUUUCGAGGAAAAGAAAGCUGCACGAGGAUUAGGUGCAUCGCUGCAAAGGCAGGGGAAACACAGGGAAGCAAUGAGGCAGUACGCCAAGGUCCUGGAGCUGUCCAGGGAGACGGGCGAGGACUCCGGCUGCACGGAGGCGUACGGCGCCAUAGCCGACUGCUACACCGAGCUGGGCGACCUGGAGCGAGCGGCCAAGGUGUACGACAAGUACAUAUCGCGGCUGCAGCCCGGCGAGUAAGCAGCCGCACCCCCAAACUCGUUGCCGAUGAGGCGGUGGGUUCCUCUUCUGCUGGUUGAGUUUUGUCCGUCUGUUGAACUUCACUGGAGGGCUUGGAUUGAUCUGAGAGCGAUUUUGAUUCAUCUUUGUAUAUAUAUGGUUUGAGUUUUGCUAAAGCAGAAACCUCAAGUUUUCAGGGAUU